CCAACAUUAGGAUCCGUCUUAUCCCGCAUUGCUACAUUUGGGAAUAAAGCAACACGAAUACGUGCCUGGGAUCACAUCCUCUUUCUGUAUCAACAGUGACGUGACCACAAUUGCAUUGAAUUACCUCUUAUCGAUUCGUCCUGAAUGACAAGUCAACAUAGGCUAUUCCCGAAGUCCAAACAAGUGAAAUGAACAGUGAGAGUGCCCGACUGAAAACGUCAAGUGACUGGAGUGAAAACAAUUCAAGUUGUGACUGGAGCCGCAUGCCCAGAGCGCGGAUGUGUGUUUGAUGUGUGUGAUGUGCGGCGCCCGUGUCCACUGAGGGAGAGAGAAGAGAAGAGAAGAGAAGAGAAGAGAAGAGGAGAGAAGACAAGAGAAGAGAGGAGAAGAGAAGAGAAGAGAAGAGAAGAGAAACAGCCCUCUCCUCCGCUACUGCUGCUGACCAUACUGCACCCUCCUCCAGCUUAUCUCUCUCUCCCUCUCUUUCUCUCUCCCUCUCUUUCUCUCUCCCUCUCUUUCUCUCUCCCUCUCUUUCUCUCUUUCUCUCUCAUUCUCUCACUCUCUGCUGUCUAUUCCUUCUCCCUCCCUCUCUCUGCCCCCUCUCUCUCACGCUCUUUCCCUCUUUUUCUAGUCCCUCCCUCUUGCUCUCUCUCUCUUCUUGCUCUCUCUCCCUCUCCCUCUCUCCUCUCCCUCUCUCCUCUCCUCUCUCCUCUCACACUUCUCCUGCUCUCGGGAGCUGGAAGCGACACUGGGGACAGAGCGAGCCGCGUCCAGGGCUGUCAGCGCGCAUCUUGAUUUGACCGUCUGCGUCAAGGAGACCGGAGAGAGAAAGAGAGAGCGAGAGAGGAGAGAGAGGUGAAGGGAGAAAGUAUACGCUCCUUCACUCUGGGACACUUUGUGUAAAAGGGGGACGAACGAAGCAAGGAACAGUAGAGGAAGAUACCACGACACCAAAAAGAAGAGGAAAAAGAUAAGAAGAGAAAGGAAGUAGGGGAGGUUACGAAAGAGUGAAAAAAGAGGGGGGAAAAAAACACACUGACAUAUAUACACACAGACGCACGCUCUCCCCGUUUCUUCAGUCCCGCCUCAGCUCAGAGAUACGGAGUGGAGAGAAGAAUACAACAAGACAAAAGCAAACAGAAGAGAAGAGCGCGAUCGUAAGCGAGAGCAGAAAGAAAUAAAGGAAGGAGGAGGAGACAGAGAAAAAGGGAAAACAAACAAUAGCAGCAGCAGCUAAGCAGUCAAGCGCUCCGCUCUGCCUCUCCGCCUCUCCGCCUCUCCGCCUCUCUCUCUCCGCCUCUCUCUCUCUGUCUCUCUGUCUCUCUCUCGCUCUUUCAGUGUCAGAUGGAGUGUAGGAGGAGGAGGAGGAGGCUGGAUUGAUGAUCGUCUCCCCCCGCUGCUGUAGCUGCUGGCGCCGGUCUUGCUCCCGGUGAAGCCGGUCCUCUGGUUUUACUCCUGAUCCUGACUCUACUGGUUUCACACCUGCUUCUCCUGGUACUGCUCCUGGUUCUGCUCCUGGUUCCUCUCUUGGUUCUACUCUGGAGUCUUCUGGUUCUUCUGGUUCUAGUUCUCUGGAUCUGGAGUCUCCAGCUGCUGUCUGGACGUUUGCUAACUGCCUCUGUCUUCACAGCUGAUCGCAGCUCUUUCCUCUCCCCAGCUGAGUUGCGUCUCCUCUCUUCUUGUCUCUCCCACAUCACCGCGUCUCACUCUUCUUCUGCCCGCCUCGCCGUCUCCUCUCUUUCCCCCUCCCUUCUCUCUCUUCAUCCCCCUCUCCCUCUCUCUCUCGGCUAAUCAGCCUUACAGCUGAGGGAAAGAAGAGGGAGAGAGCAGAGGAGAAAAGAAAAGACCUGAAAACAACAACAAUAAGAGCAACACAGAGGGACAUGAUGGGAUUCGUAUGGGUGUGCGGUACGCUGCUGGUAGCGCUCGUCUGUCAAAGCCACAGCUACAGCGUCAGAGAGCCCCUCGGCCGCUUCAAGAGGUACCAGGAGGCUUCUUGGUCAGACCCAAAUGACUGUUCCAGACUACGGCAGCCGGUCAUCCAGUCAAACCCCCACAAUGUCACGCUGGACAUCCGGAUGCCCGGAGUUAUCCCCGCAGCGUCGGACACCUACCUGUGCAUGGCGGUCCCCGUGCCCACCCAGAGAGAGGCCUACAUAGUGGACUUUGUUCCUCAUGCUACCAUGGACACGGCUCACCACAUGCUCCUGUACGGCUGCAAGACUCCUGUCUCCACCAAAGGCUACUGGGACUGCGGGACGGAGAUGGGGACCUGUGAAGACGAGGCCAAGAUCAUGUACGCCUGGGCUCGAAAUGCUCCCCCCACCAAACUACCCAGAGAUGUCGGAUUCAAAGUUGGGGGUGAUACACACAUCACCCACUUUGUGCUGCAACUUCACUAUGGUGACAUCAGUGCAUUUAAAGAUCACCAUAGAGACUGCUCAGGACUCACUCUCACCAUGACUUCCAAACCACAGCCCUUCAUUGCUGGCAUCUACCUGAUGAUGUCUGUGGACUCCGUCAUCCUGCCAGGAAAGAGGGUGACGAAUGCAGACAUCGCCUGCUCCUAUGACUCAUUCGCCAUGCACCCCUUCGCUUUCAGGACCCACACACACCAUCUCGGCCAAGUUGUCAGCGGAUACAGAAUCCGGGAUGGGAAGUGGACCCUGAUUGGACGGCAGUCGCCACAGUUACCACAGGCGUUCUACCCGGUGGCCAACUCUGUAUCAGUGGAGUACGGGGACACUCUGGCUGCACGCUGCGUCUUCACCGGGGAGGGCAGGACCACCAAGACACGCAUCGGUGGUACGUCGGACGAUGAGAUGUGCAACUUCUAUAUCAUGUACUACAUGGAGAGCAAACACGCCGAGCCUUAUAUGGACUGCAUGGAACACGGCCCCACAGAACUGUUCCGGAACAUUCCAGCCGAGGCCAACGUUCCGAUCCCCGUCUCCCCCGAUCACAUGAUGAUGAGCAUGACACAUGGAGGCCAUUCAACAGAUCACCAGGAUGACACUGGGCUGCUUGAACCGAAGCGAUCGGAGGCGGACGAUGCUCAGGGUGACUUCUACUCCCUCCUCUCCAUCCUCCCGUUCUUGCAUGGCAGGGAGAAUGUGGCGAGUCCCGGUGCAGGCCCUCUCCCCGGCUCUGGCCCGGUCUCGGGCCGCAUGCGUACUAUUCAUUACGGCCCCAGCAGCGUAGACAGGGCCCUGCUGGACUCCUUAAUGCAAAAGAAGGAGAUGCCCCGGCCCCGUGACCAGGUGGUCUAUGACAGCAGGGGCAACCCGGUGCUGGAGAGGGACAGGGUGCGCAAGUUCCACCAGCAGUUCGAGGGUACCGUCAGGCCGUCGGCGGGCAAGACCGUGCCGCUGGCUCACAUCUCAACCAUAACGCUCACGCUCCACAAAGAAGGGGCCCACCUGGAGGAGGUGCUGGGCUGGCCCGAGGAGCCCCUGCCGCUGGGCCAGGUGUCUGGUCUGGCCCUGGACUCCGACGAAAACCUGGUCAUCUUCCACCGCGGAGACCACACAUGGGACUACGAUACCUUUGACCGGCAGGAGAGAUACAUGGAGCGAUCGCUAGGGCCCAUCCGCCAACCCACCAUCCUGGUGGUGGAUCCUGCCAAAGGGAAAGUGCUGAGGCGAUCAGGCAGGGACAUGUUUCAUAUGCCACAUGGUAUCACAAUGGAUAAGGACAACAACUACUGGGUCACAGAUGUAGCCCUUCAUCAGGUGAUGAAAUUGUCUGGCGACGGUAAAGACACGCGUCUGGUGGUGCUGGGACAGGCCUUCGUCCCAGGGAGUGAUGUGGAGCACUUCUGCAAGCCUACAGACGUAGCGGUGGACCCGCUAACUGGUAGCGUCUUUGUGUCCGACGGCUACUGCAACCGCAGGAUCAUGAAGUUCUCCCCACAGGGGACGUUCUUGAAGCAGUGGGGCGCAGGACCCACCGGCCGCAAGAAGCCAGUUCCGUUCCUGAUUCCGCACAGCCUGACGUUCCUGCCGGACCGCCGGCAGGUGUGUGUAGCGGACCGGGAGAAUGCCCGGAUCCAGUGUUUCCUGGCGGAGACUGGAGAGUACAUCACGGAGAUCAAGAACGAGGCGUUUGGGAAAGCCAUUUUCGCCCUCACAUACUUGCCCGAGCCACUGGGUGGUCUGUUCUACGUUAUCAAUGGGGAGUCUGCACCUCUGAAAGGCUUCAUUGUGGACUACUCCACCCAUGCCAUCCUGGACACCUUCAGCCCUGACACACAGAAGUUCCUGAUGCCGCAUGACCUGGUGGUGAACAGGAACGGGACUGUUUUCGUCGGUGACGUGGACACCCAGUCUGUGACCAAGUUUGCCCCGGGAGGAAAAGCAGAACACCGAUCUGUGAAGAAGGGUGGACUUGUCCAGGAAAUACAGCAAAUUGAAGAAACCGAGACCAUCGUUGAAGCCCGCCUGAAGCCCAUCCCCCCGCGCGAGCCCGUUCCUUCCAUCCCCAAGAUCGCCGCACCUCCUCCGUCUCCUCCCAAGCAGGAGACGCAGAAGCAGAAGCCGGUGGUGCAGGAGGUGCAGAAGGAGAAGGAGAAGGAGAAGGAGAAGGAGGAGAAGAGUGCGGCGGCCCAGGGCUCCCAGGGAGUGUCCCCAGGUCUCAUCACCACCCUGCUCCUCAUCCCCCUGGCCGUGCUGGUGGUGGGCGGCUUCGUCUGCUGGAAGAGGGGACGCAACUACGGAGAUGACUACGAGGUUAAACUGGAUCCAAACUCCUCCACUGGAAUCCUGGGCAAGCUAAGAGGUAAAGCGGCGGGCACCUUGAACCUGGGCAACUUCUUCGCCUCGCGUCAAGGCUACACCCGGCAAGGCUUCGACCCAAUCAGCAACGAGGACAGCGACCAGGAGAAGGAUGACGAGGACGCCACGGACUCGGAGAACGAGGAGUACGCCGCUCCACCGCUGCCCCCCAUCUCCUCCUCCUAGGAUCACCCCGAACCCAGGCCUCCUAACUCCCCAACCCACCCGUCUCCUCCUCCUAGAGCACCACCCCCCAUCCCCCACCAAUCCUUACCCAAACUCCCACACCCCUCCCCACCCAUUUCCAAAACAUCCCCAACCCUCCAUCUCCUGCCCAACUCCACCCCCUUCAUACCCCAUACCCCAUACCCCAUUCUCCUACCCCAUACCCCAUUCUCCUACCCCUUCUCCUGCCCAGAUCCCCUUCUCCUGCCCAGAUCCCCUUCUCCUGCCCCUUCUCCUGCCCAGAUCCCCUUCUCCUGCCCCUUCUCCUGCCCAGAUCCCCUUCUCCUGCCCAGAUCCCCUUCUCCUGCCCCUUCUCCUGCCCAGAUCCCCUUCUCCUGCCCAGAUCCCCUUCUCCUGCCCAGAUCCCCUUCUCCUGCCCAGUCUCCUGCUGACAUGCCCGAUGAAACGCUGCCCACCAGAGCAAUCCUUUCUGUCCAGCUCCACCGUCAGGAUGUACUUUAAUCAUACUAUGUAAAACUCUUCGUACCGGCUGCCAAUAUAUUUCUUCUUCUUCUUCUUCUUCUUCUUCCUAUUUAUUAUUAUUUGUGCAAACCCCACAUCCAGUCCCCAUAUCCUCUCACCGACCCAUUCUCUGUAGGAGCGUUUUCUGACUGCCUUUUGAAAUUAAUUUAUUAGAGUUCUGAGGACCAGCCGUAUAGGUGUGAAGCACUGGUAGAGCUAUGGAUUUAGCUCUAGAAGAUUAUUUUAAAAAUCAGAGUAAAGUUGUAUGGGAUAAAGACUGAAAAACAGAGAAACUACUUAAAAUGUUAUUUUUUAUGUUAUUGCCAUUGUUGUUUGCCAUGACUGAAUUGGGGGCCAAGCUGCGAAACACACAUGGACAUUCAUUGUUGUUUUUUUUAACCUUUUCAUCCUCUUCAUAUGCGUCUUUUAUUUUUUUAAUCAAAGAAGAAAAAAAACAGUGAAAAGAAUUUUAUAUAUUUAGUACAUGGAUUGGGAGUAGUAGUGCCAUGAUUCUUGACUGCACCUUCCAUGACUGCACCUUUAGCUCUCUAUCACCACCGACUGGUGAGAAUCAGGGUUGGACAUCUUCACAACUUUGUCUGAUACACGUCAUCAUUAUACCAAAGUGUCCGUCACAUCCAACUGAAGCUGAUUGUUAAGCCACAUAUACAUUUCAG